AAGGGUGGAAAGCAGAUUUGCUUGCGGUUUUUGUCGGCUCAAGGUUGCCGGGGCAAGAAUGGCAAGUGCAUAAUUGACAAUCUUUGCCACUUCAAGCCUGCCGCCUUACCUGAUGUUGUUCGAGACUUCACUGACAAGAAUUAUGGAGGAUUGUCGUCUGACAUGCAGUGA